AGCAUGUUCUAAGCUUGCUUUCUCUACACCAGACGAGACAAAGAGCCGCUUCUGAGCUCCAGAGCCAGCGCCAACAUCGCUCUACAGGACAGUUCCUGGUCUGUGAUUGGACAAAAUGGCCAUGAUGUCAGCAUUGAUCCUUCAUGCUUUUAUCCUCCUGCUCUUCACUCAACCACAAGGUGUGAGUGGGCAGCAGGCGUUCCGAACAGAGCCUCGUAACCUGACUGUACGGGCAGGGGCCACGGCUCUGCUGAAGUGUGAAGUGCUCAGGGCCUCGGGGGCUGUCCAGUGGGUAAAGGACGGUCUGCUGCUUGGGCCACAGAGGUCACUGCCUGGCUACCCACGCUACAGCAUGACCGGCGAGGAGAAUAGAGGCCAAUACCAUCUCCAGAUUAUGGAUGUUCACCUGGAAGACGACUCCCCCUACGAGUGCCAAGUGGGCCGCUCCAAAACUAGCCAGCCCAUAGUCUCCCGUACAGUGUGGCUCAAUGUGCAGAUUCCCCCCUCAGAGCCAUAUAUUGAGGUGGACUCUGAAGAGCCCUGGGUGGAGGGAGAAGAGUACACAGUGACCUGCAUCGCCCCAGAUGCAAAACCAGCUGCUGAUGUCAUUUUCUAUAAAGAUGGAGAGGAACUGACAGAUAUAGAGUCUUUCACCAUGUCAGGCUCUGAGGAUAAACUUCUCAACACUCAUGCUGAAGUUAAGGUCAGGGCACAGCGUUUGGACAACGGCCGGCUCCUGCUGUGCCGAGUGAAGAAUCCAGUUAGUCCCCGGGCUCUGGAAACCAAAAUGGUCAUGAACAUAUACUUCCCACCGCAGGCUCCAGUGAUAGAAGGAUUGAGGAGCAGUGAGGUGAAAGCGGGGACCUUUCUGAGGCUCGUCUGCCUGUCAUACGGAGGGAACCCUCUGGCUACUUUGCACUGGACCAAGAAUGGAGAGGUAUUGUCCACUAGCUGGGAGGUGGACACAGUCUCUCAGAAGGCCAGCAGUUUGUUGAAUAUGGAGGUGAAACCGGAGGAUAAUGAAGCUGUUCUAUGCUGUGAGAGCGUCAACCAGGUGUCCAGAUCUCCUUUGUCCAUCACUCGCUCCCUCACUGUCCUCUUCGAACCUGCUGAAGUGACCCUGCUGGGCUCCGUCGAGGCUGUAGAGGGGACGAAGGUGACCCUGUGCUGCCACACCUCCUCCAGCAACCCCCCAGUCCACAUCCGCUGGUGGCUCGGCUUCAGAGAGCUCAACAAUGCCACAGUCACCAUCUCAGAGGGAGAGAAUGGAGGGAUGAUGACCAUGUCCAAUUUGACCCACACUGUGUCCAGAGAGGAAAAUGGACUCCCUUUUACCUGUGAGGCAUUUAACAAAGGCACACGCUUCUCCAGCAUCCAAUCCAAAACUCUCAGUGUCUACUAUCCUCCUCAGAAGGUGUGGUUAGACGCUCCUCCGGAAGGAACUCCUCUGCGCUCUGGGAUGACUGUGCGUCUGGUGUGUUUCUCCAGUGGAGGAAAUCCUGCAGGCCGCCUGACGUGGUUAAAGAACGGUAAAGUGGUGCAAGUCCCAUCAAAGCAUGUCCAAUCUGAGCGUGGCGUAUCGCGGGAGUUCCUCCUGACCCUCCAUCCCAGUGAUAAUUUAGCCACCUAUCGCUGUGAUGCCACCAACGAGGCCAAAAAAGUGAAGUCGGCUGAGAUAAAGCUGCAGGUCCAGUUUCCUGCAGUGAAUGUGAAGAUUGUGGUGAAGCAGAAUGAGCUGCGUGCAGGACAGGUGCUUAAUCUGGACUGUCUGGCUGGAAGCAGCAACCCUAAAGCCAAUAUCAGCUGGAGUCUGGGCUCCACCAGGCUGAAGGGAGUAGACCAGGCCCCCAAGAAGGCGGAGUAUGGUGGUCUGUCCGUCAGCAGCAAACUGGCCCUGUGCUUGGGCUCUCAUCACCACGACAACAGGAUUACCUGUCAGGUCUUCAGUAGCCUCCUGUCUGAGGGAGUGAACACCUUCUACACCCUCAACGUUCUCUUCCCACCAGAGUUUGCAGAAGACCAGCCCACAGAGGUCCAGAUCAUCGAGGACGACAUGGCCACUCUGCCCGUCAUGGUGUCCGCCAAUCCGGACGAUGUUACCUGCGAGUGGGUAUUCCAGGGCGAGAAGGUGGUUAAAGAGAGGGAUCAUCGUUACCACUUUCCUGAAGGCUGGGUGCUGGAGAUCUGGAACGUGAGCAGGCGUGAUGCGGGGCAUUACAGAGUGGAGUGCUCCAAUACUGAAGGAAAGAACAGCACCAUCGUCAAACUGGACGUCCAGUAUGCUCCGAGUGUGAAGAUGAAGAAGGACCCGGUGUUCGUUAACGUUGGAGACACUGCAGAUUUGAUGUGUGAAGCUGAUGCCAACCCCAUCAACCCUGGCAUGUUCUCCUGGAAGUGGAUGGGUGAUGGGGAGGUGGAGGAGCUGGGUGAAGAGAGUGAGGAUGGUGCUACUGGCAUGUUGACUCUGUAUGAGGUGACCCGUGCUCAAGCAGGACCUUACCAGUGCACAGCAGAUAAUGACAUAGCGCCCCCUGCCAGUGUGGUGGGACAACUUAUCGUCCGCUUUGCACCAGAGUUGCAAAAGGGGGCACAGUGGAAGAAGGUGGCCAGUAGAGGGGAUGGUACCACUGAUGUGGACAUUCUGUGCCAGGCAGAAGGCGUUCCACGAGUCACCUUCAAUUGGGCCAAGAAUAGUUUACCACUGGACUUCAACAACCCCAGGUAUAUUGAGCGGACGGUCAGGGAGGGGGUCGUCCACACCAGUACCCUGACUGUAGUUAAUGUGAGUGCAGCGCUGGACUACGCUGUUUUCACCUGUACGGCCCGCAACAGCCAGGGGGAGGACAGUCUGGACAUACAACUACUUAGCACCAGUUACCCAGACCCCCCUUCAGACCUGAAGCUGCUCAGUGUCUCUUCCAGUUCUGUCACUCUGGAGUGGAUGCCAGGCUUUGAUGGAGGCCUGAUCCAGAACUUCCGUGUCAGGUAUCGGUGGGCGGAGUCUGCCAGUUAUCUCUACGUGGAUGUCUUUCCUCCAAGAGCCACUGUCUACACAGUCACUGGCCUGAACCCUUCCACCACCUACAACUUCUCCGUCAACGCCAUUAACCCCGUGGGGGAGAGCAGUUAUGCAGACAAUGGGGUAGUACUGACUGUCACCACCUUGGCUCGCGAGCCCGCUCCCGACGAGCCUCAGCCAGAAGUGCCGGACUCCUCAGAAGCCUCCGCUGUGCCAGUCUACGCCAUAGCCGUCCUGGUUGGAGGGCUCCUCCUGCUGCUCAACGCGUUAGGCUUCGUUCUGUUCGCCCGGUGGAAAAGGGGGAGGAGUCUGAAAGAGGGGGCAGGCGGCGCUUUAGAGGGAAAGAAGAGCGAGAGCGAGGGGUCAUCUGUGAGUAGCUCCAGCCGUUAUGCAAGCAGAGAGAGGAUCAACGCUUCUGCCCAGCGCACCCUGCUCAUCGACACCAGCUCUGAACCCGACAGCAGCGGCAGCGUAUACGAGAGCUAUGGAGGGGAAAGCUAUCACUACUACUACCCCACUGAGGCCUACAGCCCUGCUCUAUACCCCCAUCCGGAGGCUCCUGAGGAACAGGGUAGCAGACCUGGUUUGAACCCUCUCAGCCAUGAGUAUGAGGAGGUCAGAGACUGGAGACCAUAUGAAGACCUGCUAGCACCCACUCUACCUCCUGUCACUGUCCAGGGGGUUGGUGUUGACCGGAUAGGCAGGACACCACUUCCUUCUUACCAAGAAGCUGGGCGGCGAGGUGAAGCUGAUUUGGACCCAGCAAGUGCAGUUUACAAUUCUCUGGCUUACAGACGCAAAAAGGAUUCAGAUUUGCCGUUUGAACUGAGGGGGGAGCUGGUUUAAGAGCUAACAAAAAUGCUAGAUACUUCAUUGAAUGGUCCGUAGCUGAUCCAGGUGGUGUGGAAUGCUUCAUUCACUGUAGUAAUUUUGCAUUUGUCUUAAAUCUAUGAUUUUGACAGUUUUCAAAUUUUAAAUGCUGGUUGAUAACAGGACAAAAUAUAUGGCCAGAUUGUCAAAGAUUCUGACGAUAGCAAAAAUGAUUGUACACAUGGCAUUUUUAAAAAAGGCUGUAGCAUUUUAUUUGGGGACUUUUUAAGUAUCAAAUAACAUAAAAACAAACAAAAUAGCUUAUGUUAGUAUGCUAGUAAUAUCAAGAAAAUAUAAUGCGUUUUACGAACAACGUUACAUGUGCAUAUAAAAAAAAAUGAUUAAGUUCAGCUGAAGUUUGAUUAAACUGACAUGUGGUGCAUACACUUGUAUAACGAUGCAACGCAAUGCAUAUACUUCAUAAAAUACCUGAUAUCAUCUUGUGAUUACUGGCAUCAACCAUUUAUAAAUGUCAUUCAUCAACUUAUAAAUAUGUUAUUCAAAACUUAUGCAUGUGUUAUAAGGUCACUAUGUAGGUAGCCUUUAAAUGAAAUGUGUAAAAUAAUGCAAAAUUCUGUUAUAUUUGACGUACAAUAUGUUAUAUUCUGGAUCUAAUCAUAGUAUUACGACAUUUAAACGAUAACACUAUAUAUUGUGUAAACUGUCAAACAAGCUGUUCCCAAAGUCUAAGCCUGGACGCACUUCCAAAGGUCUGCACAAGGGGGCUCCAUACGUACUUGGUUUCACACCUUCCUGUGUUGACAAAUAACAGUUUGUGUGGGUGAUUAUUAUCUUUUUUUUUUUCUUUUACAUUGUUGUUGUUAUUGUUUUUGGGCCUCAAUGGUUUGGACAUAUUUUCCCAGUUAGCUCAGCAAACUAUUUUUGCCUGUGAUCAUUCCUUGCCUGGGUACAGUCUUAUUGUUGUCUGAGGACACUUGGCAUCCGUGACCUGGGAGGAAAAGAUCUGAUGUAAGAACCGUGUCGAAGGUAAGGACUGCUCAGCAAAAGCACAAUGAUUCUUGGAAGUAAACAAUGCAGACACCAUUGCCUCUUUUCACACGGACUCUUUUCAGGUGUCCAUAACAAAAUGAUUAUGCAAUGAUCUGAAGGAUUAAACAUCUCUCGAGGCUGAUGCGUGAUUGACACUUUGGAGAAGUGUCUGUGUCCAGUGCUUGAAGCUGGGUUGAAGUGCACACAGAGUAAAGCACAGCUAAACAGACGUCAGUGUCUUAGACGUAUGUCUACCCAACAAGGCAUAAAGUUGGCAGGCCAAUAAGUACGGCAGCUGGCAGCUUACCUGUGUCUGGAUCAUCAGUUUGCAGGUAUCUGCCAGCAGCCCUGCCCUGCCAAGCACCAGCCGUAAACCAGCAACUGGCAUGUGCUGCUGAUGGGAUUCUUGCCAUUGAAAAUAGAUAAAUAUGAGAACAUCACUACAGCUUGUGAAAGUGUAUUUACGGUAGAUUUAUUAAAGGAACACUAACGUUACAUCACAUUAUAUGUUAUUAGUCCAUAGAUUUUGAUAAUAGAUGCUACAUUUUUACUGAGAUACUAUUAUGGUUGUAUAAACAAACACCAAUAUAGCAUUUAUUUACAAUAUUUACAAUACUCACAUUUUGAAAGGUUUUUGUUCAUAUAAAGAGGUGUGGUGAUAUUGAUUAAUGAUGUCAAAUUAAACAAAUUUCUCAUAUUUUGGCUUCAAUUUUUAUAUGAUUCCACAGAAUUUAGGAACAAAUAAACAAGCAAACAAACCAACAUAGAGGUAGUUAGAGAUGCAUGAAUAGAUAUAUAAAUUUAAGGAUACACAGCACUAGAUAUAACUGGGGAAAACCAAAGAAUGUGUGCCAUGUGACAUUUUUCAAACGAUUCCAGAUUGUUCUCUUCCCAUUUUCAUUGUUCUGUAAUGUUGUCUCCCAGUCACCGUUCUAUGAACUUCCCAUUAAUACUAUUAUGCAGUGCUUCCACCCCCAUUAGCACUGCUCUGUUUUCCCCAUUCACUGUUCCAUAAUCAUUGUUCUCAAGUCUCACGCUUUGAGCGUGUGACACACGCACCUCAGCGAGUUCACACGCUGCUAUUAUAAUAUAUUAUUAUUAUACGCCACACAUGCUAUUUCUCACUCUUGAUUUUUUUUUUUAUCCAAUCAAAAAUUAAUUUGCCCUGUCUACAAACAAGUCACAGCCACUGGUCACAGCGCUUCUGUGCUCAGAGAAGUUACCCACUUACCACACCCUAUUCAGCCAAUCCAUCGGUUGCAUAUUAUAAAGAACUCUCAUUGAGCCAAUCAGAAUAUAGAUCGCUCUGUCGUUUGGCAGAUCUAGUCAAAGAGGGUGGAGUUUCAGCCAGAGUGUCAGGCGCGAAGAACUGUCCAAUUCGAUUCUGACUAACACACGUCGGUGAACAACUGAAGGAGAACGGCACCACUGGAGCCUGACGAUGUUUUAAAUGUUCGGUUAGUCAGAGACCUUUUGGGGUAUUUAUAGGGUCUUUCUGGGUAUUAUAGGGUAGAAUAACUUUGGUUUAGUCACCUUAGAGCUGUCAUGAACAUGGAUACGUUUUUAACCGUUUGUUGUUUAUUUAGAAUGUCAGGGAAGACACAGAAGAGCCUUAUUUCCUUCUGGGACAAGGCUCAGAAACCAAAGGCAAAUUUGUGUUUUUGUUUUGUUUGUUUUUCUUCUUGCUUGUACUUGUACCUGUUUGUACUUUUAAUUAUAUGUCAUAGAAUAAACCAUGAAAUUUGAUCAAA